GCGCGCGCGCUUGGGGCUGCCCAGUCGAGCCUUGACAGCCGAGCUGCGUGCAGUGCGCGGGGUGAAGUGCGGCCUCUCUGUGCCGAAGAGGCCGAGUGCCCACUGGGCCCUCACGGGCCGCGUACCAUGUUAAUACACUUACUCGUGCUCCUUCUGCUGCCAAUACCUUUUUUUGCGGAACUCGAUGGGCCUGGUAACAAUGAAUGUAAUCUAUGCCAAUACAUGGGCACUCAUCUAAAGUUCUCCGCACAUCUCACCGUUUCGUCCGAGGGUCAGAAUGAACCGGAAAUGCUUAUGCCGGACGGAGCACUCAUAUCUAUCGACUGCAGCAAUCCGAGCAAAACGAUACAAAAAGUGCUGGUACUUUGGAUGCCGCCAGACGACCCCACGACUAAAAUAACGCCAGUAACGCCAGAAAAUACAGAAACGCCAGUAACGUCAGUAACGUCUUCAAAACGAUUCCUCGAUAACAGUGCAUUUUUUACGACUGAACCAACUUCUACUACUGAAACAUCCAGCAAGUCGACAAUGGAGGCUACCUCUGAAGAAAUUACUUCUACGUAUAGUACCAGGACGAGAACAACAGACUUAACAACCCCAACAGACACAACCACUAAAGGUACUACAGACGGUACUAAAACUGAUACGAGUAGCACGUUCACAGUGACAAAUACCAUUAAUGUGAUUUCUACGACACCUGUGGAAAGUACCCUUGCAGAAACUUACUUUACCACCCCAACGACAACAACUACUGAUUUUAUUCAAGAGACAGUCUCAAGUGAAACCUCAACUCAAACUUCUACGAUUACAGCUACUGGGGAAACUGAUACAACAUUGGUGUCGCAAAUUUUUACGGAGGACACUUUAAGUACGGAAACGUUUUCUGACGCAACUGGUUUAUUUCCUAUGACAUCUUUACCGUCUUUUCUAACAGAAAAAUCUUCCGUGGAGACCAAGACAGACUUAACAACUUUCACCACAACGUCUACCUUCCAUCCCUCAAGUACUACAGAACUUACGAAAGAAACAGAACUGCACUCAUCAGUGUCAACCUCUACCGAAGUCUCAACAAACGUGAUGACUAAAAGUGAAGAAAUAUUUCCUAUUGUACCUGAAGAUUCUAAAAGUGGCCCUGGAACGGCAAUUUUAGGUCCAAAUUCAGUACGAGUCUUAAACAAUUCCAGAUCUAAGCGUGGCGCUGAACCGGUAGUUAAUCCAACGGGUACUAACGAGCUGAUUUUUUAUUUUAAACAAACCAAUUUGACGUAUUUUUUAAAUAGAGUUUUUAUUAGUUUUAGGCUGGACAAACUCGGUAUUCAAUAUUAUGCGGACCUGAGCGGCCUUCGACUCUGGGUCACACCGAAUGGUUACGCAUAUGAAUGUCCAGGCGGCGAAAAUUUCACUCUGCAUGAAAAUUCUAUACUUACACUAAAAAAUAUAAAAAUAGCUGCAUUUAUUCAAAACAGUUGCAGAUAUCCGGAGACUCCAUCUUUCACAUGCGGCAGUCCUCUCCCAGAGGCUGACAUGACUAACGGCGGCGAUCCUUCAAUAAAUGGCGUCUUAAUAGCUGGCAUCGCGAUGGGAUCGCUUUCCUUGAUGGGAGUGGCUAUUAUUGCCUUUCGAAGAUGCUUCACGUGGCUGCGUGCGCCAAAACCGCGCCCCCUAACUCUUUGACAUGCAGCAAUAUUUCGCACUCUUCCUAGUCGCGCAUUUUGUAGAUCAGAAAUCAAAAUAUUUGGAUGAAAUAAAAUUAUCCCAAGGUUUACCAGAAAGCA